UUUAGAUGCACAGACACACUCAAAGUUGCCUAGAAGCCGUCUGGAGCCUCUCUUCCCUGCGCGCCGCUUCCAAGUCCUGCAGCACUGCCGCCUCUGUCCCUGAAUCCACAGCCUCCUCCGUGGGAAGCAGCAGGCAGCUUGGGGGCGAGGGAGACCCUCCCGGGAAGAAGGAGCCUGCAGUCAUUUGCGAAGGAAGCCGCCAGCCAGCCAGCCAUCCCUCCUUGGGGACAAGAUGAUGGCAUGUACGGAGAUGCUGACAAUGUGCUUGCUCUCUGCCAAGCACGCCUACAGCAGCCCCAAACCCACCGAGACCCCGCAGCGCCUGGGCAAAGGCAUGGCCAUCUUCCACGAUAUUUUUCGGCGAGCUGACAAGAAUGAUGAUGGGAAGUUGUCAUUUGAAGAGUUUAAAAACUGUUGUGCUGAUGGCAUCCUCAGCUCCGAAGAACUAUGGGAGCUGUUCAACAGCAUUGAUAGGCGUCAUUCAGGCAAUUUAGAGACUGAAAAGUUUUGUGAUUAUUUCUCAGAACAUCUUGGAGAAUAUAAGCAUGUUCUGAUUGCUUUGGAGCAACUCAACACUGCUGUCUUGUCAGCCAUGGAUAAAACCAAACUGGUGUAUGAGAGCUCUUCCAAGAUGGAACAGUUUGUGACUCGCUUCCUGUUGCGGGAGACGAUGAACCAGUUACAAUCCUUGCAGGUUUCAUUGGAGUGGGCUUCAGACACCAUUGAAGAACAAGCUGGCAAAGAAAGGAAUAACGUAAAGAAAUCGCAAACUCUUGUUGGCCCACGUGCUAUAAAAAGAUGUGGCCGUAGAGUUCAGAAGAACAUCUGCUUGUCUCCUACGGAUCCUUACUCCGGGAUGCUGACCACAGGUGUUUGUGUGAACACCAACAGCCAUUGGACUACUCAGGUUGAUCAGCUACAGCAGCUUAUUGACAAACUGGAAUGUAAGAGUCCAAGGCUGGAACCUCUGAAAGAUAAUGUGGUCUGCAAAGGAAGAGAUUCUCACAUCUUGGUGGCACAGAGACAAAUUUCAGUGGCAGAAAGUGGAUUCGAGGCAUUCUGCCAGGCAUUCCAAUCCUACACAGAAAUCACAUCUGGACAGAGCAGCUGCCUACACGUAUCUGCCCACAAAAUGAUGUUGAAUGACACAUGCUUCAUCCUCUAUGAGUUCUGGCAAGAUGUGGCCUCGUGGAAAAGUCAUGUGCAAUCAGAAUAUAGUAUGAAGUUCCAACGUGCCAUCAUGGACAUACUGGACUCUCCAGAACUCUUGACCACUAUGCUUUUUCCAGCAUCCUGGUGGAUCAUGAACAAUAACUGAGGUUCCCUCAAGAAAGCCCGCAUGUGGAUGGAUCAAGCACGAUCUUUCAUAGAAAGCCUUCCUUCCAGAGUUGCUGUUCCUCGACUUAUUCUCCUUCAAUGUUGCUUUCUUCCUCUGUAUUCAUGUGGAAUGCUUCCUUUUUUCUGCAACUGUGGGAAUGGGACAGCACUUUGGAAUGCACCCUGCCAUCCUGCCUGAACAUCACCUGCAUCCUUCCUCCAUUUUGACAUAGAAGUUUUACAACAAAAUAGCCGUGUUAGCAUUUUGUCUAAAAGAACAAACUAUCACUGAAGAAUUAUGACUAGUGAUAGGAUAGUGAAUUGGCUCUCCAGUGUAACAUGGCAGUGCGAAACAUAUAGAUAUGUUUCAGAUAUUUUGACGGGGGAACCUUGUCUAUGUUUACCAUAAAAAUAACUUUCUUGUAUCAUAAGGGACUAUAGCAGGAUCGCCUUAGAUUCUGUUCCCAUCCAAGUGAGUCUCUGUUAAAGCCAGUGAUUGGUUUGUAACAAAUAACUAGUAUAGAAAUGUGGAAAAUGUGAUCCAUACAAUAGGAAUUAUUUGACUGCAAUUCUGAUAAAUCUUGACUAGCAUAAGCUGAAGACUAGUAAACUCUAGAGGAUCACAAGUUGCCCAUCCUUGGACAUGACUAUUCCUUCUGCAACCUGACCGGAUUCCUAGGGCUUUGCUUAUCGGGCCUGUUCUGCUAGAUGCCAUAUCCAAAACACAUUAUUCAUGUUCAAAUUUGUAAGUUUGCCUUCUUUGCAUUUCCGAGCUGGGCUGAAAUCCCUACUCAAAUAUGUGUUUUGACAGUGACAUUUAAUUUUUUACAAACCAAAUAUGAGUUCUGGGCCACUGCAUAAAAUCCAAGACAUUGUAAAACUUUAUUUUCUUUUUAAAAAUAAUUCAUAUGAAAUAGAAAUCAAUUGAAUGUGAGUAUGCUUUUAUUUCAGCAUAGCUGAAGGCAUCAUAUAAUGAAGAUGGUGCUGUACUUUAAUCCAGGGAUGGUCAACCCCUCUUUUCUCAGAGGCCAUUCUCAUCUAUAAAUAAAAGCUUUAAUGAUCAACUGUAGUUUCAUGGAGAAACUAGAGCCUGGGGACAUUUUUGAAGUAAUGCUACCAGAAUUUCCCAGCCAACAUGUAGUUUUUCCAAGUUCUGACAUAAACUAACUGGGUUAGGUCUCAUAAUAAAAGUGACAUCAUCACUUUUGAUCUAGUAAGGGCUUCACAACUAUGAACAACAAGUACUCAGGCCAAAUGGGGCCACUGCACAUUUCAUUUGCUUCUCCCAGUAUUCCAGACUGAUGUUUGCAUAAAGGAGGACUGUAAGUCUCCCCCUUUCUCAUGAAAUGAAAAUGAAUUGAUGGUGAUGGGGAGCAAGGAUGGACCAAUUUUGGCAUUUCAGUUUCACACCUUCCUCAUUCCCCCAAUAGUAAAAUUGUUUCAUCCCACCUUUGUGUCAGGUUGUGAAUGCUACAAAAUCCUUAUCCCUGAUGUCCAACUUAGCAUUCACAGAUAUGCAUUUUCUGUGAUUUCUCCCUUUAAAAAAUUCAUAAACACAUUUUCUGUUGUGUGUGCUUUCUGCAAGCUUUUUUCCCUCGGUAUAAUGGAAGUUUUUGUGCACCCUUUUCCUUAAUAUACUCAUUUUUUGUAGAUUUUAAAAGUUGCAAACCAGAUUGCAGAUGUCUGAAACCUGCAGAUUUCAGUGUACAAGAAUGUGUUGGUUCACUUAUAAGUUCAGCAGGUUACAUUCAUGUAAAAAUGUAGACCAGGCAAGUUACUGCUACUUCCCUAAUUGGAAGUUUCAUGGGAAAAUAAACGGUU